CGUCAUCCUGCAGAAUAUUUGUAAAAUAAUAAGCAGCGACAAAAUGCUCGCGUAAGAUCAUAUGAGAUGCUCAGAUACCUACAUUGUCACGUUAUACACCGUGGUGUGGUCAAUUACGAUUUUGACGACAGUAAUUUGAACAGUGACUGCCAAAGGAAAACUGUACAUCUGACGUCUGGCAACACUGUUCUGUUCAUCCCAGCGUCGUACACUGGCUGAAUUUCUUCAUGUUCUACUGAGGAACUAUUUAGUUUGCAUCGCGGAGUAGAAUAUACACAUAUCUACUCAGCGUAAUCAGAGUCGCAAGUCCAAAUUACGAAGUUUGAUUGUGGCCGUCGGUCUAGAAACGAAUAGAGAAAUUAAUUGUGCGUACGUAAUUGACGUACGUAUGUGUUCGAAGAGUAAUUGAACUGUAUCAAAUAUGCAGACGACGAAAAUUAUAAAUUUUCUUCAUCGCACCUGCAGGAUUCAACACAAUGCGAGAACUAUUGCCUCCAUCUCAUCAUUGCCUGAAACCCAUCAAAUGCUCUACAAAACAUGCAGAGACUUUGCCGAAGCAGAGUUAAAACCGAUUGCGGCAAAGACUGAUAGAGAACACCGCUACCCGGGAGAUAAGAUCCAAAAGAUGGGGGAGCUAGGUCUGAUGGGUAUAACAAUCCCUGAAAGUCUAGGUGGAACUGGACUGGAUUACCUGGCAUAUGCAAUUGCUAUGGAAGAGAUAUCGAGGGGUUGCGCAAGCGCUGGAGUUAUAAUGAGUGUAAACAAUUCAUUGUACUUGGGUCCGAUAGAGAAAUUUGGCAAUCAGGAGCAAAAAGAGAAAUUUAUCACCGGGUUUACCGAUGGUAAGAAAGUUGGUUGCUUUGCUCUGAGCGAACCAGGAAAUGGAUCAGAUGCUGGGGCUGCGUCGACAACUGCAAAAUUAGAUGGAAGCACUUAUGUAAUCAAUGGCACCAAGUCGUGGAUCACAAAUGGAUUUGAAUCUGAGGCUGUAGUUUUAUUUGCCACCACAGACAAGUCUAAAAAGCACAAAGGAAUCAGUGCUGUGAUUGCACCCAAGCCAAUUAAUGGCCUAAGCCUAGGAAAAAAAGAAGACAAACUUGGGAUUCGGGGUAGUAGCACGUGUUCUUUGAUAUUUGAAGACUGCGUUGUACCCAAAGAGAAUCUGCUGGGUCAGCCAGGAAUGGGCUUCAAAAUUGCUAUGAUGACUCUAGAUGCUGGUCGCAUAGGAAUUGCCAGUCAAGCGUUAGGAAUCGCGCAAGCAUCUCUGGAUUGUGCAAUGGAAUAUGCAUCAAAGCGCACCGCGUUUGGUAACUCUAUAUUAAAAUUGCAAGCAAUUCAACAAAAAAUUGCUGACAUGGCACUGAAACUUGAUAGUGCGCGUCUUCUCACGUGGCGAGCAUCUUACUUCAAGGAUAACAAUAAACCAUACACAAAGGAAGCAGCAAUGGCAAAACUAGCUGCAUCUGAAGCAGCAACGUUCUGUGCGCAUCAAUGCAUCCAAAUUUUAGGUGGCAUGGGGUAUGUAACAGAUAUGCCUGCCGAACGUCAUUACAGGGACGCAAGAAUUACUGAAAUUUAUGAAGGAACUUCGGAAAUACAGAGACUUGUGAUCGCAGGAAACCUUAUUAAAGAAUAUGGUCUUAAUUAGUAGUAUCAUAUCUUUAGUUUGCCAAACGUCCGACUCACGACAUAAUCCACCUUACAAUUGCUUUUGCAAUAAAGUAUUGUGCUACAAAUACUGGCACACGUUUAAGCAGUAGUUUUUGCCACUGAAGACUUUGGAAAUACCCUACGCGUCACGUUAUAAAUCUGGAAUAACACCACACAACAUGUCAAAGUGUAGUGUAUUCGAUUUUCGUAACUAAUCAAUUUUGAUAAUAACUACAGGUAUACUUGGGUACUGAUGAUUUGAAACCAUGACGUUUUAGUAAUUAAACAAUCAAAAUUAUGUACACAUAUAAUUACUAGUACGUUCAUUGCGACUUACUGCAAAUAAAUAAGUUUGCGAAUUGCUGAGCAGUGAAUUCUAGAUGUUGAGUUGUAACCUGUACUUUUAUACUUGCACUGUUUUUAGAAAUUGCAGCAAAUAAUAAAGUUUGUAAAUAAGAAAAAAUUAUCUGCAAUAUCCUUUUGAUCCUAGUGCUGAAUAUACUGAAAUUUAACAAAUGUUUCACAUGGGUUAGAGCAUAUGUAAAUAAAUACAUAAAUUUAUCACGUAUACGGAAUAAAAUUCUUGUAUAUUCAAUAGAUCUACUGAACUUUCAUUCUUGCAGCUAUUCAAAUUCAUAAUGUAUUUAUUUUCGGUAUUUUGGAUAUUGCUGAGCAAGUGAAAAUUUCUUUGAAUAUUUUCUGUACACUCACCUGAGUGAAUUAUUUAACAAAAUGUUGAAUUCAUACAAACAGCAAACUGAAAGUGGGAUACAUUUGUACACACUCUAAGCAUUGCCAAGGAACACAGACUGAUGUCGCUAAUUAUAUUGAACUGUAAUACACCUAGUAUAGAAACAUAAUUAUUAUGAUAACAAUUGUCUAUGCAUAUUUUUGUAUAUUGACAGGAUCAAUAAAUUUUAUACAUUGCAGUAUCUCUAUUUUUAUUAGCGUAUUGACCUCGUGACUUGUCCAACACAUAUGGGUACUUCAGGGCCUUUGGCAGCGCUACAGGAUUUCCCUCCCAAUUUCCUAAUUUUUUUCUCAUGGGUAACAACUAGCUUCUCAUUAACAAUUAGGUAGAAUUAGGACAAAAGUAAUAUGUAGCUAUAUAUAAUAUAUAUAUACAGUGAAAUUCAAAUUAUGUAGUGAUCUAUACAGCAACAAUUUGCUUCAAACAACGUAGUAAUUUGUAAAUCAUAUAUUAUUUUGCAGCUAGCCAGCAGUCUUAUUUGUUAACAUUUUGGGCAAAUAUUGUUACUUGGUAUUCAAUGAUAUCUUUAUCUAACGUAAAUAAUUAACCAGGCAUUAUUCUAUUUAAUUUUGAAAUUUUUUUGUUACUUAAUAUUCCCAGUCAGCCAUUUUACAGUAAUAAUAACUGAGUCAACUUUUUUUUAUACUGAACCAAACCGACACCUUACUUUCAAAGCAUUACUUUUUAAUUCAAAGUUAUAUUAAAAUUACGUAGUAUAUUUGCGCGCUAACAGAGAUGUGCUAAAAAAAAUUUCAAAGUAAAAAGUAUUACAUGAAAAUGAAGUUAACCGAAGAUGUCCAAAAAGAUUACAUUCAUUGGUUGACUGAAAUUUAUUAGACAACACGCUUUGUCAACAAAUAUUCAGCAUAGCAUAGACUAAGUUAAUGAGUUAUAAAAACAAAGGUGACGCUCCUUCAUAUUUUUUCUACAUUUUUAUAAUACAUCACAUCGUUAUAUCUGCCAGCAUAGUUAUCUUCUGAAGUACAAUCAGUCAUUUACGUUAUAGCACAUUAAUAAGACAUUAGUAUGCCUAAGAAAAAGAAAAUUAAAAUCGCUUGUUAUCGAACAAUGUUCUAAACAAUUUCCUAUAACGCGUAGACUUAAAGUUAUGUCGAAUAACAAAUAUUACUUGUACGUUAAAGUUUGACAUUUAAAAAAUUUUCGGCUUUGUGACA